AACAACUACUGGCUCUAGUAGUAAACUAACUCAAACUUUGGUUUCAGCUUUCAUUUUUUAACAACAACUUUUCUGUAUUAUCAGCGCACACUGCAAACAAACAUGCAUUCAAAUGCCACUUUCAUUUUCUGCUGUCUGUCCUGGUGUGUUUUGGGGGCGUUUGUGAGAGGGAAUGAGUUGGCUUGCAGUAGUGACAGUGACUGUGAGCUGCUGGAAUUGUGGGUCUCAAGGGGAGACGACAACUGUUGUCUAGACAACAGAUGCUGGAACGACUGCAGCACUGCUACAGCCAAGUGGGUGUGUCUACGUGUGGUGCUGCCCAUCCUCUGCAUUCUCACCGUCUUUGGAAUAUUGAGUGGCGUAGCCACAUGCAUCGUCCGCGAACAGAGAAAAGAAGCGGAGGAAGCAUCAAGAGUACAAGCCUACCAGCAAAAAGAGCAACAACACUCAAGACAUCAUCGAUCACAACAGAUGAGAAGAACUUACCAUUCAGCAACGUACCCUAUACCUCCCCCUACAGUUGACCAUCCGAGUGCUUACCAUGAUCACAUGGGGGGCUCAUACAACCCCGCGUUCACGAUGUGAAUGAAAUGAAAUAUUUUUGCUACGAGCUUUUCAAAAGUACUGAAUCGAAUUCGAAA